AGGAGCAGAGCCCUGGGGGCCGGCUCAGUGCGCGCGCUCGAGACACUGAGGGAGAAGCGGGCCAUCCCGUGAGGGGGGCGCGAGGCAGGCCGCGCGGCGCGGAGCAUCGCCAUAGAGACCGUGACAGCACAGAGCGGGGCUGGGGGCGAGAGGAGGGAGAAGCAGCAGCGGCGGCGUGAGAGGAGAGCGCGCGGGCGCGGGGCAGGGAGGCCGGGUCAGGCCGGGGCCGGGCCUCGGUCUACGCCGCGCGCUCGUGGCGGUGAGAGCCAGUGAAGGCUGAGGAGGGCCUGAGAUGGAUCCGGGGGAAAGCGGCGGCGGCGGCGGCGGAGAUGGUGGGAGCGGCGGCGGGAAGAUCCGGACGCGGCGGUACCAUCUGGCCGCGGCCUCCUCGAAGCCUUACCCCAGAAACAAGCAGGGAAUUAUUAAUAUUGUGAAGGAAUCUGUGAAGAGCAUCGUGCCAACUUGGCUUCAGAGAUACUUCAGACAAAGUGAAGAGGCAUCCCCAAAUGAACAAAGGAGUCAGGAGGAGAAUGUAAACUGUCAUACUGCCUUUGCUGGAAACAUCACUGAAGAUAACUUGGAAAUUGAUGGUCGAAUCACUCCUGAACCAACCAGAAUUAAUUUAGAAGGUCCCUCAACAAGUAGGUCUGGUUUAAACUUCACAGAUAUUUUAACAAGACCCUCUCUCCAUCGGAGUCACCUUAACUGCACCGUCUUAGAUUCCCCACUUCCAUUUUGUCAACCCUCCACAUCAUCUGCAUUUCCAAUUAGUAAUUCUGGACUUUCACUUGGAAAGGAAAUAAAAGAUUCUACCUCUCAGCAUGAUGAUGACAACAUCUCAACUACUAGUGGCUUCUCUUCAAGGGCAUCUGAUAAAGAUAUAGCUGUUUCAAAAAGUGUUUCUGUACCACCAGUCUGGUCUACAGAAGCUGAAAGACCCAUCUCUCAGCACACAGCUACCAGCUCGAAAAAGCCUGGAUUUAAUCUCUCUGCCUUUGGAGCCCUCUCCCCUUCACUUGGUAAUACAUCUGUUCUUAAGACAAGUCAGCUUGGGAAUUCUCCAUUUUAUCCUGGAAAAACCACGUACGGAGGUGCAGCUGCAGCAGCAAGGCAAUCCAAAGCACGGAUUACUCCUUAUCAGAUGCCAAUAAGAAGGCAAAUGAAAGCCAAGCAGGUGAAUGCACAGUCCUAUGGAGUGACAAGUUCCACUGCACGGCGUAUUUUACAGUCUCUGGAGAAGAUGUCAAGUCCACUAGCAGAUGCUAAAAGAAUUCCUUCUUCUAUUUCUUCAUCAUUGUCUUCUCCUGCAGAAAGAAGUAUGCUGAAUGUCACGGACUUUCAUUCUCCAAGAAAAAAGACUGAAUCCCAUUUUCCUCCGGUCCAGAAGCUUGUGACACCCAAGGCUGUUUCACUGUCAAUGAGUCGAUCACAAUAUUUUAAACCAUCUCUAACGUCUGCUGCUGAAUCAGGCAGGAUUCGACAGAGAAUAGAGAUGAACCAUAAAGGAGUGAAGGAGAAAAAUCUGUCAGAACAGAAAAGAGAUCUGUCAGAAAGGAGUGUUUCAAGCCCUAAGUUCAGUACUGCUGCAUCCAAUGGAUUACCUCCAGCAGCGGGAGGUGGUGGUGGCAAAAUGAGGCGGGAAAGAGGUGUCCACUAUGUAUCAAAAUCUGCACAAGAGGAGGAGGAGAUGGAGGUGCCAGCACUACCAGAAAUAUCUUUACCCAUCAGUACAUCCUCACUGCCAAACUUCAGCUUUGGCCCUCUUGCUAGUACAACUGCUUCUUCAUCACCUGUCAGUUCUGCACAAUCAGUGGCUAAAAAGGUGCAACCAGCCAGUAAUGCUAGCAGUCCUGUGUUCAGAUUUUCAUCUCCAAUUGUAAAAUCCACUGAAGCAGAAGUUUUACCACCUCUGUCUAUCAGCGGCUUUAAAUUUAGUGUUCCUGUUGCAAAAUCAUCUGAGCCUUCAGGAUCCAAGGAUACUCCAGUUAUGUCUGUGGUUAAUGCAGCAGUCAAUAACAUUAGCAAUAAGAGAGAAAAUGAAGAGUAUGAUGGUCCCUUUAAGCCUGCAAAAGUCCUGAAACAAGGAAGUGUUCUGGAUAUUUUAAAGAGUCCUGGUUUUGCCUCUCCAACCACUUACUCCUCAUCAGCAACUCCACCUGUCACAACAAGCACAGUAGUUUAUACAAGGCCAGCCCUAAGUAGCUUCUCUGCAGCUGUUUCAGGACUUGGAGAUACUUCGAAACAAACGUCAAUGUGUUGGCAGUGUGAGGCAUGUCUGGUAGAAAACAAGGUGACGGAUAACAAAUGCAUAGCCUGUCAAACUGUUAAAGUGCCGACAUCAGAUGGUACUAAACAUUCUGGUAUUUUGACUCCCAAUACCACCACCAAAUCAACUGUCUCUACGACAGGGACGCAGGGCUUUGGAGACAAGUUUAAGGCAGCAGCUGGAACUUGGGAUUGUGACACUUGCUUGGUUCAGAACAAGCCAGAAGUUUCAAAAUGUGUGGCCUGUGAAACACCAAAACCUGGAACAGGAGUAAAACCAGCUCUUGUUUUGCCUGUGGUCACAGAAAGUACAACGGCAGUAUCUUCCUCUUCUAGCUACACUGAUACGACAGUCACUUUGGGAUUUGGGGACAAAUUUAAGAAGCCAAAAGGUGCUUGGGAGUGUUCUGUGUGCUUAGUGUCAAAUAAGGCGGAGGACAGCAAAUGUGUGGCCUGUCAGUCUGACAAACCAGGAGGUUCAGUGCCUGUGGUGAGUAGCAGUGCUUCCUGUUCACCCAGUCUUUCUGGCGGUUUUCUGGGCUUUGACAAGUUCAAGAAACCAGAAGGGAGUUGGGACUGUGAGACCUGCUUAGUACAGAACAAAGCAGAUGCCACAAAGUGUGUAGCUUGUGAGAGUGCAAAACCGGGCAGCACAACAGAACUAAAAAGUCUUAGUACUGCUACACAAGCUGCUGCUUCCUCGGCCCCAUCUGCGCCUUCAUUUAAAUUUGGUAUUCAGUCAUCCUCUUCAGAAUCGCCUCAGAUAUUGGGAGGCACAGGGAAAGAAUUCAAGUUUGGAGAGCAAACAGGAUUUAAAUUUGGUAUUACUUCAGAUCUGGGAUACUCAAUGAACACUACGACAGGAGGAUUUAAGGUCUCUAAAACUGAAGGCUCCAAGCUGGGAACCUUUCCACUGGAGUCUAAAUCAGAGGACAGCUUGAAAGAGACCAAGAGUAACAGCACCUUCAACUUUGGGCUUCCCUCUGGUGCUACCAGUACAUCCAGCACAGGGUUUCAGUUUGGAAUAGCUAACCUUGGGCAGCAAGAGAAGAAAGAAGGACUUAACAAGCCUGCUGUCGGAGGUUUCGGUUUUGGCACAGUCUCUACAACUUCAUCAGAGAAUACAACUGGAAUAAGUGGCUUCAAAUUUGGAAAUACAGAGGAAAAGGAAGGUUCAGUGACUCCCUUUUCCUUUAAGAAGCCAGAAGGGAAGAAAGAUGAGAUUUCCUCAGCAAAAGGUGGCUUUGCUUUUGGUAGUGUGGAAUCUGUGACUGCCCCACAGCUUGUUUUGGGAAGGACAGAUGACAAACAGGAGUCUGUGGCCCCUUCAAAUCCACUAGUGUUCGGAAAGAAAGCAGAGAAUGAAGAGACAAAGGCACAACCCAUCUUUGCAUUCAGGAAGGUGGAGCAAACCAAAGAUCACAGCACAGCAAAACCUGCUUUUAGUUUCAACCUGGCAAAACCAGCAGAAAAAGAAACUGAGCAAGCAACAAAGACAAGUUUUACAUUUGGGGCACAAGCCAACGCUGCAGAUCCAGGAUCAACAAAGCCUGCAUUCAGUUUCUUGAACCCUAGUUCUUCUAACUCUACUGUGCCAAGCGUUUCUGCCGGCAGUGGUGGCAGCAGCGUAUUCAGCAACACGACAUCUGCCUCCAAUCCUCCCCCAACAACCUUUUUGUUUGGACAGGCCAGCAACACUGUGAGCAGCUCUGCUUUUGGUAAUCCCACUGACUCCAGUACAUCACAGUCUUUUGGGUUCUCUCAAGAGAGCAAGCCACCAGCGACCACCUCCAGCACAAACACCCCUGUUCCAUUUCUCUUUGGGACAGCAACCACUACUAACAGUACUGCUGGCUCUGGCUUCAGUUUUGCAGCUGCCGCCACCACAGCAGCUUCCACAGGUUCCUCUUCUUCGUUUGUGUUUGGUUCUGGGUCUUCAGCAUCUGCCACCGGUUCAGCAUUUGGUGCUAGCCAGACACCAACAUUUGGUCAGAGCCAAGGCUCCAGCCAGCCCCCUGCUCCAACCUUUGGGUCACUUUCAUCAACAUCAUCAUCUUUAUUUUCUGCUGGCACUCAGUCUGGGCCACCAGCUUUUGGGUCUGUGUCAAGUACUACCCAGCCUCCAGUCUUUGGACAGCAAGCUACCCAACAGCCUGGUUUUGGUUCUAAUACAGCCCCUAGUUCUGGUCCAGUGUUCCAGUUUGGAAGUAGUUCUACUAAUUUCAACUUUGCAGGCAGUAGCCCAGGAGUAUUUACCUUUGGUGCACCUCCUGGUGCACCAGCACAGCCUGCAGGCUCUUCAGGAUUUUCAUUCACGCAGCCUUCAGCAUUUAACCUGGGCAGGAGUAAUGGGAAAAAUAUUUUCUCAGCAACUGGAUCUUCACUAGCUGCUCGGAAGAUAAAGACGGCUGUUAGACGUAGAAAAUAAAUAUUAUCGAUCGUUACCGACAGCAACUCUGUUACCACAGCUGGUUGACCUGCAUUGUUCAAUUACUGAAUUGUACCUCGUGCUGGGUUUAGCUGAAGCCACGUCUGCCUAAACAAUGCUCGCUUUUUUUUGCCCUCUCCAUUUAGUUUUUUUAAAACAACGAUUAGAAUUGGUGGCUGGGAGGACCUUAAGCAAAACUAUUUUAGAAUCCAGCAGUCUUUCUUCACUGACCUGGCAUGGUUUGGCUAUAGAUGUAAAUAUAGCCUGCACAGCGAAUGGCUUCAUAUAAUACCUCUGUUUGCACCACUUCGUACGCUCAUCUGCGUUUACUGACACCUCGGAAAUCGUAAUUAUAUCAGUGAGGGGAGUCUGUAUAGAGUAGAGAAUGUGGAUAAUGAAUGAUUUCUAUGCGGAGUUUGUGCUGAUGUACGUGUGAAGUGAGUGAGUGGCGUGUAUCGUGCACUAAAAUUUUCUGAUAGAGGAAGAAUGAUUUAAAGGGUGGUCCCUCCUAAGGACUAGUUAGAUCUAUAGUACUUCAUUUAAUGAUUAGAUCCUCUUUCUAUUUUCAUUCUUACAGCUCCUUAUCACCUGUCUCGCCUUUUUCAUUAUUUUAUUAUGAAACAUGUAAAUACAAUUCUGUUUAUCUGUGUACUACUUUGGCAUAACAGAUCUGUGAACUUGAAAUUUUAAUUUUGUGUGUUAUCGCAAAUUUUUGUUUAGUAUUGUCUCAGAUUUUAUUAUGUAAAUCUCAUUAUUCAAAGUUGCCUAAAUCCAUUAAAGACCUUUAAAAUUGGGAAUUCUUAAAGUGAGUUUAUUGGCUUUUCUGAUCCAUUUUUGUUUGGACCAAAAACCAGUAUUGUACAAAGUGUUAAGUAUAUAUUUUUAUAUUUACGGAAAUGGACUCUGGUGACUUUGGAUAAUAAGGAAAAGUUUAAUAUUAAAGCCAUGUUUAUUACAGUAUAAUUAACAUGUUAAACCAUGGGAUAAAUGCCAUCAAUAAAAACUAUGAAACGUU